AUGAAGGCCCAAGAAGCGAUGGGUAUUCCAGCAGCAGGUUCUAAAGGGCAUUCUCAAGCAGCCAACGAUGGAGGCAUCAGGGAAAGCCAUCCCACAGGUAGCGCGAGCUCUUUUGCUCGCGUACUGUCACGAGUACGGAGAAGCUCAGCAGCGAGUAACCGAGUCAGUCCGGCGAAUAUGGCCAGCGUGCCUACCGGAGGGCACGCUCCUUCCGCUGCUCUCGAAACAGCAUCUUUGCGUGUCUCUCCAGUGCAGCAGGUCCCCGAGAGGCGAUUGAGCGACGACGGUGCAGCUAGUCAGCCCACGUCUGACGUGGCAGUUUCCCCUCUACCUUCGCAGCAUUCAGACCAGAGGACAACGGCGAAUUUGGGCAGUCAGAUACCUCAAGAGGCGCUCCGUACCACCGAGCGCUGUUCAAUCACAGAACCGACUCCAGCAGAAAGGGGCACUCAAAAUUUGAGUGUGGGACCGUCACGCCAGUCUGAGAAUGAGCUGCAGCACAGACCUCCGGACCCCACACUUGACAGUAGAAGCCAACGCGUUUCUCAUGUUUCUGUCGAAAUCCCGAGCGCUCCGCAGCCAGGUGAAGCGCCUGUGAAGCCAUUCACCUUCACAACGGAGCAGCUCUACUCGCUGGUCCGAAGCUACAUCACGCGUACCAAGUAUGAGGAGCUUGAGCUGCUGGAGAGCUACGGGGGCGUUGGGGCCCUAGAAACAGGCCUGUUGACCAGCUUCCAACACGGCUUAGAUGUCACCGAAGAGGCGCUGGCCCCGAUGUCGCCUCGAGCCGAGUCGAAACCGGCGUCGCCGCGAGCUGCUUUGCCCCCGCUUUCCCCUGCGCAAGAACUCCUGCAGAAGCGGAAGGGCACCUUCGGAGUCAACGUGCUGCCUCAGCGCAAGCCAACCCCCUUCUGGCGCCUCUGCCUGGACGCCGCCUCGGACUUUACACUGCGAAUCCUGACGCUCUGCGGCCUCAUUUCCAUCGUCCUAGGCGUCACGGUCGGCGAGCAACCGGAAGUCGAGUGGAUUGAAGGCUUCGCGAUAUGGGUCGCCGUCCUCGUCGUCAUCGCCGUGACGGCGACCAACGACUGGGUCAAGGAGAAGCAGUUCCGAAAGCUCGGCCGAGUCAAAGACGACAAACUCUGCCGCGUGGUGCGGGCCGGUCGCGAGCGCCAGACGCCGGUCAACACGCUGCUGGUGGGCGAUGUGGUUCGCCUCGAGGUCGGCGACGAAAUCCCCGCCGACUGUCUUCUGAUCUCCGGCACUGAGCUCCGCGCCGACGAGUCUGCACUCACGGGCGAGUCCGAGGCGAUCGCGAAGGCGCCGCCGCGAGAGUGCCAGGAGGCGCUUCGCGCGCGGCGUGCCCUGCCUCCGCCCCUGGGCUCCACUCCGCAGCCGAGCGACGUCCAGACAGACGAGGCCGCGGCCGCGCAGACACCGGCGGAGGAGACCGCCGCAGAUAGCCGACUGGCGGCGGACGGGGCGGAGGCGCCGGAGAACCCGCACUCCGGCGAAGUGAACUCGCGGCGAGCGAGUGGGGCGGCUGCAGGCGCUGCCCCACAGACGGGCGCGGAAACGGAAACGCAAGCGCGCGCGUCUUCCGCCUCGUCUUCGACUGUGGAAUGUUCCUCCGCGGAGAAGCGACGCACGAGCUUCUUAGGCCGCGACACGAAGCGGUCGCUGUCGGCGCUUUUAGAGAGCGUGAAGAAGACUAACGACGCGCCGCCUGCACCGACCGGGGAGCACCACGAAACGCCCUCGCCAAUCCUCCUCGCGGGGACUGCCGUCGUCGGAGGCAGCGGCCGCGCGCUCGUCGUCGGCGUCGGAAUCCACUCGCAGCAAGGCGAAAUGUAUAGACAGCUGACGUCCUUCGAUGCGCAGCCCACUCCUCUGCAAAACAAACUGAACGCCCUCGCCAGGGAUAUCGGCCGCAUCGGCUUCGUGGCCGCCUGCCUGACGCUACUUGUUCUCUUUGUUCAGUACUGGAUUCUCUACGCACUGCUGCCGGAGGAGUCGCGUCCCUCCGCAGGGGCGAUUGGGCGCGAGCACGUCGACUUCCUCGUGACGGCGAUUACCAUUAUUGUCGUCGCCGUGCCUGAGGGCUUGCCGCUGGCUGUGACGAUUUCGCUCGCCUACUCGAUCGGCAAGAUGCUCAAAGACCAAAACUACGUUCGACGCCUCGCGGCCUGCGAAACCAUGGGCGGCGCGAACGAAAUCUGCAGCGACAAAACAGGCACGCUCACGAAGAACCUGAUGAGCGUCGAGGCCCUCUGGGCAGGCGCCGACGUGGCCUACAGGGACGACGAACUCUGGGCUCGCUGGAGAGAUCAGGGCUUCGCCCUCAGCCAGCACGCGACUGGCGCGCCGAGCGCCAGAGGCAGGGCCGCCGCGACCGGCAGGCGCGCCGAGUCCAGCCGCGCCGCCCCGCCGGCGUCCAGCGACGACCAGGCGCUGGAGACAGAGAAAACAAGAGAAGACAAGCGAGGAAGAAGCGUCGCCUUCCGCGGCGCGCACACACAGCCAGGCCUCGCGCCCACGCGGAUGCCCAGCAAGUACUUCAAGAUCUUUAUGGACAACAUCGCGCUGAACAGCACGAGUGUGUUGGAGAGGAAGGCACUUCCGGUGGCGGACUCGCCGGCGCGCAGCCGCUUGAUUUCGCUCGCGAGCGGAACGUUGAAGGCCACGCAGACCGUCGUAAAGCAGGUCGGGUCGCCAACCGAGUGCGCGCUGCUCGAGUUCGCGGGCGAGAUGGGCUUCGACUACGAGCGCCUGCGCGACGAAAAACUCCUCAUCGAGACCGACCUUGUCCACCGAGAGCCCUUCACGAGCGACCGGAAGCUAAUGACCACAGUCGUGAACGUCUGGGACGAGGCCGAACUCCCGUCUGCCGACGCGCAGCCUUCUCCGCAGCUCAGCGGCGCGUCGUCUGCUGCCUCGGAGCUGCGUUCGGGCUCGAUCCUGCGGCGGCGCCUGUCGGGGCCCUCGCGGAUCCAGGCAGCGGCCCUGGCCUCGCCCGCAGGAGGGCUGUCGCCGCCGCCGCGACCGUCCGGAAGCCUCCCGGCGCUCUCCACGUACCGCGUGCUGGUAAAGGGCGCCGCAGAGACAGUCCUGCGGCUGUGCGCACACGUCGUCUGCCCCCUGUCAGUCUCCGCGGACGCCCCUGAGAGCGAGCGCGAGGAAUCCGCGGCGGCGCUGGCGCCGCUGGACGCCGAGCGCAUCUUAGAGAUCGAAAGAACAGUCAUUCACCGCCUGGCUGGGGAGGCGCUCCGGACGAUUUGCCUCGCGUACCGCGACAUCACCGUGGAGGACGGCGACAGGUCCUGGCUCCAAGACAGCGAAAUCAAACCCUUCAAAAAAAUGGAAGUCGGCCUCACGUGCCUUGCCAUCGUCGGAAUCCGCGACCCCGUGCGCGCGGAGGUGCCUGCGGCAGUCCGCGCCUGCCAGAAGGCGGGGAUUCGCGUGCGGAUGGUCACCGGCGACAACAUCGAGACGGCGAAGCAAAUCGCCAUAAAGUGCAACAUCUACCAUCCUGAGAGCAACGGCCUCGCGAUGACGGCCUCGGAAUUCAACGCCCUCGUCGGCGGCGUCGUCUGCAACAACUGCCGUCUGAGCUCUUGCAGCUGCCCGCGCGACCCCACAGAGGAGAAGCGAACAGGAAAAAAGAUGCGGACAGAUGUCAUCGCGAACCCCGACGCGUUCAACGAAAUUGCCGAUAACUUGGAGGUUCUGUCGCGGUCUCAGCCGCAUGAUAAGUACGUGUUGGUCGUCGGCCUAAAGCAGCGCGGCGCCGUCGUCGCAGUGACGGGUGAUGGCGCGAACGACGCGCCUGCGCUCAAAACUGCGGACGUCGGAUUCGCCAUGGGCAUCUCCGGGAAAGAAGUCGCGAAACAGGCGGCGGACAUCGUGCUGCUCGACGACAACUUUGGCAGCAUCGUGAAGGCGGUAAAAUGGGGCCGUAACGUCUACGACAACAUCCGCAGGUUCCUUCAGUUUCAGCUCACCGUGAACGUCGUCGCGGUCACGACGGCCUUCCUCACGGCCAUGGUGAUUCGCGAGAGCCCGCUGACGGCCGUGCAGAUGCUGUGGGUGAAUUUGAUCAUGGACUCCUUCGCGUCCCUGGCGCUCGCCACGGAGCCGCCGACCGACGAGCUUCUCAACCGGAAGCCGCACAGCCGCAAGGAAUACCUCGUCAGCCAAGUUAUGUUUCGAAACAUCGUAGGGCAAGCGAUUUACCAGCUGACAGUUUUGCUGCUGUUGAUCUUCGGCGCAGAGCGCUUUAUUCCCGAAGAGCCGUGGACCUACCUCUCUCACGGCCUCCGCACGAGGUUUCCAAAAUUCUGCGAAUUCAGCGACUGCACGCAGGUUCCUGACGCGCUGCCUCGGGGGACGUUCAUCCGCUCGGGGCGCCGCUACUUGCCGUUUUCGAAUCGCGAAGACUACUUCAAUCGCUGGCGGGUGGACCUGGGCGCCUCGCGACACUACACCUUGGUCUUCAACGUGUUUGUCUUUAUGCAAAUCUUCAACAUGCUGAACGCGCGAAAGAUCAACGACGAGUGGAACGUCUCCUCAGGCGUCCUGCGAAACAAACUCUGGAUCUCAAUCGCGCUCUUCAUCGGCGUCGUGCAGGUGCUUGUUGUCGAAUUCGGCGGCAUCGCCGUCAGCUGCCACUUCCAGGGUCUCACCGGCGCGCAGUGGGUCAUCUCGCUGGCCUUCGGCGCUGGCAGCGUCCUCGUGGGAUUUCUUCUUCACCUCGUACCUUACAAGUUCCUCCCGCAGACGGGAAAGAAAGAAGUCGACCUCCUCCAUGCCGGUCCCUCUCUCGCCCUCGCCUCGCGCGGCCGGCUUUCUUCGGAGCGCCUGUCGGUUCGCCUGGGCGGCGGCGUGGGUCUGACCUCAGAGCAGAAGCGCGCACUCCUAGAGCGCGUGGGCGGCUACAAAAGCGAAUCCUUCGGCGGCGCAGACCCGCCGCUGCAUGCCGUGAACUCUGCGGUUCAGCGAUCGGCCUCUCGGCGCAAGCCUCUUCUGAGGCAGGCCGUCACGGCGGUUUAG